AUGGUUCCUUCCUGGGUGUGGUUCAGCAAUGCUGGCUUUGAGUCUCAGAAGAACAGCCCCACUAAGAAUCUGAGCAGUGCCUCAAUCAAGGACGCCCUCGGCAGCUGGUGCUCUGUGACCACUGUCAUAAUCAGGGGAGGCAGGCAGGUGACCAAGGCAGUGAGAGAAGCAGUGAUACUGUCCUGUGAGUACAACAUUUCUGUUAAUGAGCUGGAGAGAAUUCGCGUCUACUGGCAAAAAGACAGACAAGCUGUGCUGAGUCUCACAUUUGGGAAAACGAAGAAGUGGACUGGGUAUGAAAACCGGACCAUCCUUGACAUCCCUAAUAAUCUUUCCCUGGUGAUCCUGACCCUGCGCCUGACUGACAGGGGCACUUACUCCUGUGUUGUUCAGAAGCCUGAAAAAAACGGCUUCAAAAUGGAACACCUGUCUUCGGUCAUGCUCUCCAUCAGAGCUGACUUUCCUGCCCCUAGUAUAACUGACCUUGGGAAUCUGUCUACUAACAUUAAAAGGAUACUGUGCUCAACUUCCGGAGGUUUUCCUAAGCCCCACCUCUCCUGGUUGGAAAAUGGAGAAGAGACAGAUGCCGUCAACACAACAAUUUUCCAGGAUCCCCAGACCGAGCUGUUCACUGUCAGAAGUGAGCUGCAUUUCAACACAACCAGCAACCACAGCUUCAAGUGUCUCAUCAAGUACGGAGAUGCAACAGUGUCGGAGACAUUCACCUGGCAGAAAUCCCAGCAGCAAGACGGUCCUGACAAUCGCAACGAUCAGUUCUCCGUGUCGAUGACCUGCCUGAGUACAGCAGCUGUGUUUCUGGUCAUUGUAUUCGGGGCCCUGGCCUGCAGUAGAUUUGCCCUAAAAUGGAGAGAGAGAAGAAGGAAUGAGGCACGAUUGCAAAUAAGGACGAUCUAUAUCAAACCGGAGAAGCAUCAGGCUGGACGGAAUGUCUGAAGGUCCCGCCUGUAUCUGUGAUGAUCUCUUCCAGAAACUUCUUCAGACAGCCAGGACGAUCCUGCCUGUGCUCCAGGACAAAACUCUUCCCUUCCGUGCUCUGCAUAAGCAAACUAGUGCAACACUGCAUGGGCACCACAGUAGCUCCGGUGACCUUGACAGCAGGACUUAU